CUAUGGCUGUGCCCCAGUGCCUACAAAUACGCACAUAAAUAUGGGUAAUUAGUUAUAUCCAACAACGGAUUACACUGCAUUUUCUCAUAAUCCACUUCAUAUUUCUGCUUUUAAUUGAAAUCAAUGGCUACCGGAGUUUGUGCAGCGAGGAGGAUCAAGCUGGGUUCCCAAGGGCUGGAAGUCUCAGCACAGGGACUCGGGUGCAUGAGCAUGUCCCACCACCACGGCCCUCCAAGGCCGGAGGCUGAUAUGAUCCAUCUGAUUCGCCACGCCAUCGGCGCCGGCGUCACCUUCUUCGACACCUCCGACGUCUACGGCCCCCACACCAACGAACUCCUUGUCGGAAAGGCAUUGAAGGGAGGAUUUAGGGAUAGGGUACAGAUAGGUACUAAGUUUGGGUGUCGUUUCGCGGACGGGAAGAUGGAGGUUCGCGGUGAUCCGGCUUAUGUGAGGGCCGCCUGCGAGGGUAGCUUGAAGCGGCUCGACGUCGAUUGCAUCGAUCUAUAUUACCAGCAUCGAAUUGACACCAAAUUGCCCAUCGAAGUCACGAUGGGGGAGCUCAAAAAACUGGUGGAAGAAGGCAAAAUAAAAUACGUCGGCUUAUCUGAGGCCUGUGCUUCAACCAUCAGAAGAGCACAUGCAGUUCAUCCGAUCACAGCUGUGCAAUUGGAGUGGUCGUUGUGGCAACGAGAGGUAGAAGAAGAAAUAAUUCCUACUUGCAGAGAACUGGGCAUUGGAAUUGUUCCAUUUAGUCCUUUGGGAAAGGGGUUCCUUUCUUAUGGUCCAAAGUUGGUAGAGAGUAUGGCAAAAGAUGACUUCCGAAGGUCUGUACCCAGGUUCCAGGGCGAGAAUCUGGAGCAGAACAAGGUAAUAUUUGAGCGAAUAAGUGAAAUUGCAGCGAGGAAGGGAUGCACCCCAUCACAGCUAGCAUUGGCUUGGCUCCAUCACCAGGGGGAAGAUGUGUGCCCCAUUCCUGGCACCACUAAAAUAGAGAACUUGGACCAGAACAUUGGAGCUCUGUCUGUGAAGCUAACGCAGCAAGAAAUGACUGAACUCGAAUCCCUUGCUGCUCUAGCAAAGGGAGAUCGAUACGCAUCUGGCGUUGGCCUGGUCACUUGGAGAAAUUCAGAAACUCCUCCCCUUUCUUCAUGGAAACCAGAGUGAAGAUAUGUCUCAAGCCUUAACAUAUGAAGUGUGCUAACAGUCCCUAUUUUUUUAUGUUAUGAAUCCCUGUAGUCUGCUAUGUUUAAAUUUCUAUAUAUAUUUUUUUCCCUUUUCCGCCCUUCAUGGCUCCUAAGCUAUGGAUUCAUCGUGUAUGGAGUGAGUACUGUCUAUUGUGCUCAAAUAAGAGUGAUUGCCAAUAUCUUUCUGCCUUC